AUGACUGACACCAAAACCGUCACUGCUGAAGACACCUCGGUGCCAACAACCCCAACCAUGUCGUCUUCACAGGAGGCUAUGGAUUUCGAUCAGUUGCCAAAUGGCUACUAUCGUAGCAAGAACUUCAUCGGGUCCCUGGUUGCUGUCUGUUUGAUGGCUAUCAGUUUGUAUUUGGGUUAUGUCAUGCCGGUCAAUAGUUUGGCAGCCAUCAACAAGGACCUAGGCCCCGACCCCAACUACAGUUUGAUUUCGACUAUGUUCACUUUGAUCUCGGGUGUGGCUGUCCUUCUCGUCGGUCGUUUUGGUGACAUUUUCGGUCGUCGUUACUUCUUGAUCGGUGGACAGUUCCUCGGUUUGAUUGGAGCAAUUGUCUGCGCUACAGCCAAAAAUGUCCCAACUGUCAUUGGUGGCAGCGCUCUCUGUGGUCUGGCUGCCGCUGUACAGUUGACUUUUUCCUUCGUCAUUGCAGAGCUUGUUCCCAACAAAUUUCGUCCGGCCGUGAACGCUGGUAUCUUCCUUACCACUUUUCCAUUUGCUGCUUUCGGUGGGUUGUUUGCCCAGCUCUUUAUUGCCAACACCGAAAAGUCAUGGCGCUGGUCUUACUACUUGAACAUCAUUACUUGUGGUAUUUCCGUCGUCUUGUUGGUGUUCUGCUACUUCCCUCCUGGCUGGGAUACCAAGCACAAGGGUGUAUCGAAAAUGGAUGGUCUCAAGAAGUUCGAUUAUAUUGGAUUUGUGCUGUACGCCGGUGGUUUGAUCUUGGUACUCUUGGGUCUUUCCUGGGGUGGUUCGUCAUACGCCUGGAGCUCCGGACACGUCGUUGCCUCGUUAGUCGUCGGCUUCGUUGCUCUGAUCGCUUUUGUGCUCUACGAAAUCUUUGUUCCUAUGGAGCAACCCCUUUUACCCAUGUCUUUGCUCAAAAACCGUGGCUACAGUGCUACUGUCUGCUCUGCUUUGGUCGGUAACAUGGUGUAUUUCUCUAUGAGUCUGCUAUGGCCCGAGGCUAUUGCCGCUCUCUACACCACCGAUACUAUCAAAGUUGGUUGGCUUUCGGUCUCCACCGGAACUGGUGUUAUUGUCGGCGAAAUCGCUGCUGGUAUCUUGAUGAAGCCCCUCGGAUAUAGCAAGUACCAGCUUAUUUUCAUCACCGUGGCCAUCACGGCCUUCUCCGGAGCCUUGGCUGCCAUCAACCAAAAUACACAGGCCAUGGGUCUUGCGUUCACUGCCGUCGGUGGCUUUUUUGUCGGUUACCUCGAGCUAAUUACUCUCAUCAUGUGCCCGCUGUACUGCAAGCCUGAGGACAUCGGUCUUGCUAGUGGCUUCCUCGGUUCCGCAAAACAGGUUGCAGGUACCAUUGCCGUUGCUAUCUAUGUCGCCAUCCUCACCAACCGUCUCACCGUCAACUUGGGUGAGAUUCCAGAGGUUGCCAUUUCUGCCGGUCUUCCCGCCUCAUCAGUCGCCACUCUCAUGGAGGAUAUCGCCGGUUCUCUUCCCAUCAGUACCGUCCCCGGGAUGACCGAUAAAAUCAGCGCAAUUGUGGCCAACGCUGUCCAGACAGCAUACUCAAACUCUUUCCACACCGUCUUCCUUGCCAGUAUCGCUUUUGGUGGUAUGGCCAUCAUCGCAGCCGUUUUCACUAUUCCCGUCGAUGACAAGCUCGACAACAUUGUUGCAGCUAAGUUGGCGGGUACUGGUGCAAGUGACGAGGCCUUAAAUGAUAUCGAGAAGGCACACCAGUAG